GGAUGCAUUAUUGCAACUUACAAGAGGACGCUAAACUUUUUCACGAAAAACAAUACAAUCAAUACUUUUUUAAACAUAAAUAAAUAUAACUUAAAGAAAGUUAAGGAAGUUAUUAAAACAUAGAAAUGGAGGAAUUAUGCACAGCCUGUUUAUGCUCAGGGCGUUAUUUGUUUUACAUCGAAGGGACCGAUCUGCAACAGCCUUAUAUUCAAAUAUUAAAUGAAAUUUCUAUUUCAGAGAACAUGUUGUCUGUUAGCAUCCGUAUUUGCUGGGAGUGUAAGGCUAUGUUACAUCGCUUUUUAAAAUUCAAGAGGCAAGCGCAAUACUGCUAUAAAGAAUUACUGGAUUAUAAUACGACGGACUUUAAAAAUGUUAUAAAAAAGCCUCCAAAGUUACAAAUGCAUUCCGUACACAGUAUUAGUUAUCCGGAGAGUGAAAUUAAAGUUGAAAUCGAUGAUCUCAAUGUUAAAGAUGAAAUAACGGACAACGAUGAAACUCACUACGAGCCGGAGACGUUUGUAAAUGAUUUAGUUGUAGACGACGAUGUUAAAAAUAAGAAAGUUAAAAAGAUAACAAAAAAGAAAACAAAACAAAAAGUCAAGUUAAAAAAGAAGAAUUUAGAAGUAAAGAAGACAAUAAAAGUAGCGAGCGACGUUGAACCGGAGUGCCUUGACAGUGAGACAGAGAGCAAGAAGUGGUUUGUGAAUGAGACUGACGAGUUUAAAUGUAAGGACUGUGGGGUGAUCUUCAAAGAUGAGGCGGAGUUACAGAGCCAUGUGGAGAGUGAACAUACAGUUGAGGAGACGGUUCAGAAGAACGGCGUGAGACCGCGCAGCAAGGAGCAGCUGCCGGAGAAGCCGCAGUGUGUCGAGUGCGGAAAGAUCUUCAGCUCACGGAAGACGUACAGAUAUCACCUCAACGUACUGCACAAAGGACAGAACCGAUAUCCGUGUCCGAGAUGCGGGAAAGUCUAUCAGUGGAAAUCGAACCUGGGACGGCAUAUGAGGAGUCAUAAGGCGCGCGACUCGGGCGAGCUGCACUGCCGCACGUGCGACAAGCGCUUCGCGUCCGUCGCCACCUACCGGCAGCACCUGCGGGUGUCGCGCAGACACGUCGCCGAGACAGACUUCACUUUCAUGUGCAACGAGUGCGGCAAGCGGUUCGUGAACAAGACCCGCCUGCGCGACCACGUCGAUUGGGAACACCUCAACAAGAUCAAGUUCCGCUGUCAGCUCUGCGACAAGCCGUUCAAGUGCCACACGUCGCUCUACGUGCACAUGCAGAACGUACACAGGAAUAAGGAGAAGAAGGACAACCUGUGCCACGUCUGCGGGAAGUCCUAUCAGAACGCGGCCAAGCUGAAGUACCACAUAGUGGCGAUGCACACGAGCGAGACGCCCUACUCGUGCGAGCAGUGCAGCGCCGCCUUCGGCUGGUACUCGUCGCUCUACCGACACGUGCGGGAGGUGCACUACAAGAUGAAAAUCCAACCGAAAAAGACAAAGAAAAGCAAGAAGUUAUCAGCCGAGCUGCCGUCCCCGGGGCCCGUCUAGCUCAAAUGUUAUAUAAUAAAUACUAUACAAUAUA